AUGGACCACUUCAGAAAGAAAAGGUGGCUCCAGCAAAAGCAGUUGGUCCACCCGUUGACGUUCGAAGAGAUGAGUCAUGGUUACGGUUUCCGGAUGUACACGACUACGGUGAACGUUAUCACCACUGACACGGCGCCACUCUACCUUACAAGUUUUCGGGAUCGCGCUUACGUGCAAGCCGGAGACAAGCUCUUCAUCUUCUACAAUCACUUCGUCAGUUACUCGACCGUGAAGUCGUGGCACAGAAUUCCUGUUAAGAAAGGAAACAACGUCUCCAUCCUGGUGGAGAAUAUGGGAAGGGAGGACUACGGCGCCGUCAUGAACCGCGACGUGAAGCAACGUUCACUCGUAAUUGACCACACACGGGCGACGUUUGUGAAAGACGGUCAGCCGUUUCGUUUUGUGGCGGGUGAGAUGCACUACUUCAGAGUUCCGAGAGCGUACUGGAAGGACCGGCUGUACAAAAUCAAGAUGGCCGGCCUUAACACGGUCUCCUUCUACAUCGAGUGGAGCGGACACGAGCCGGAACCCCAGGUGUACAACUUUGAAGACAUGUACGACCUCGUUGCCUUCCUUGAGGAGAUCAAGCAACAGGGUCUCCUGGCAGUGGUUCGCCCAGGCCCUUACAUGUGCGGGGAGCGAGACAACGGUGGAUUCCCGUACUGGCUACUCCGAGACAACUCGAAGAUGGUGUACAGGACCAGUGACAAAAGCUACACGGCGGCAGUGGACCGGUGGUUCGGGAAGCUCCUACCGAUGCUGGCACCACAUCUGUACCGAAACGGUGGCCCCAUCUUCGCUGUGCAAGUCGAGAACGAGUACGGCCACUACGGGAAGUGCGACCUGCCAUAUAUGGAGCACUUGCUGAGCGUCAUGGAGUCUCACCUGGGCAAGGACGUAGUGUACUUCCGCACGGACUUUCCGUACGUCGCUUACUACGCCUGCGACAAGGUGCGGGACAUUCUCGUUGCCGGUAACGUACCGCCGCACUACAGCAUUCCUUCUUCCUUCACAGUCAUGAAACAGGCCAAUCCCAAGCCGGCUCCCAGUGUCGUCAUCGAGUACUACACCGGUUGGAUGGAUUACUGGGGCUACGCGCACAACUACAAGACAAAGGACGCCAUCCUGAACACGUACAAGAUCAUGAUGACUCACAACGCCUCGGUGGUCUUCUACAUGUUUGUCGGCGGCACAAACUUCGGCUUCAAGUCGGGUAAGAGCAUCACUUACCCUCUCACGACGAGUUACGACUACGGGGCGCCGGUGAGCGAAAGCGGCGACAUUAGGUCCAUCUACUAUGACAUACGAAACCUGACGACCAGUUACCUGGGUCACGUGCCCGGAGGAGACAUGCCCACAAACACGACCAAGCUGAACAUGGGCACCGUCCAGCUCAGCGAUUACAUAUCCCUGGACGACGUGAUGGACCACUUCAGAAAGAAAGGGUGGCUCCAGCAAAAGCAGUCAGUCGACCCGCAGUCGUUCAAUGAGAUGAAUCACGACUUUGGUUUCCUGAUGUGUAGGACUACGGUGAACGUGGUCACCUGGGGCACAGCGCCUCUCUACUUUCCUUAUUUACGGGACCGGGCUUACGUGCGAGCCGGAGGCAAGCUCUUCAGCUUCUACAAUCACUACGUCAGUUACUCGACCAUUAAGCAUUUGGACACGAUUCCUGUGAAGAAAGGGGACAACCUCUCCGUCCUUGUGGAGAACAUGGGAAGGGAGGACUACGGCGUCAUCAUGAACACCGACCUGAAGGGCCUCAACCAUGUUUACCUCAACGGCAUCAAAAUCAACAACUGGACAACAGAAGCGGUUCCCAUUAACAAGAACAGAGACAUCAGCGAGAUCCUCCGCAUUGUUCGCCGAAAGGGAAACGGAACAACUCCCGGUUUCUUCCACGGCACAUUCACCCUGAACGAAGGACAGCAACCCGCCGACACCUUCCUGAAUCCAAGAGGAUGGAUCAAGGGUUUCGCAUUCAUCAAUGGCGUCAACCUGGGUCGCUACUGGCCAGUAACAGGACCGCAGGUGACGCUGUACGUGCCGGGCGUGUACCUGAGACCUCACCCGGAAGAGAAUCAGCUCCUGCUCUUCGAGACCGAAGAAGCGCCAGCGAACCGCACAGUGAUGUUGGUGGACAAGCCAAUCCUAGACGCAGAUAUCCUGAAACCGAGGCCCUGA